UCUUCAUGCAAAUGAUGGGUUUGCCUCCAUUUCUCCAUUUGUGAAAAGCUCAAACCUUUCUGAAUCAGAUUUUCACUCCUCACUCUUGAGUAAAAUCAACAAUGGCAGAUGAUAGGAUUAGCAACUUACCAAAACACAUUCUCUGUCACAUUCUCUCAUUUCUUCCCACCGAAGAUGCUUUCGCCACAAGAAUUCUCUCCAAGAAAUGGCUACCACUCUGGCUUUCAAUCCCCUCUCUCGACUUUGACCAACAUCGAUCCACAAGUCUUCUACCAUCAUCCUCUUCCUUCAUCCAAUUCGUAUAUGCAGCCAUUCUUGGACGACCCAUUCACCAACCUAUAAAAACCCUUCGUCUCAAAGGUGACUGUUCAAAUUUCCAUGCUAAGAUACUCUUAAACGCCAUAGCAGAUCGCAAAGUUGAGAAUCUCCAAAUUGAUAUUUCCAAUCGAGAGAACUAUUUCGUGUUCUGCAAGUUACCCUCCACUAUUUUCACCAUCAAAACCCUUGUUGUUCUCAACUUGCAAUCUGCAAAUUUCAAUGUUUUUCCUUCAUCUGUUCACCUUCCACCUCUCAAAUCUCUGCAUUUGGAGAAUGUUAGGUUUUUAGAUUCUGAAUAUUUUGUGAACCUUCUUAAUGGAUGUCCGAUUCUUGAAAAUUUGAAAAUAGAGAUUGUGGCUUUUGAAUUUAACAAUGAUCCUUGUUAG